AUGAGGGACCCGGUAGAUGGGAUCCAAACUGGUGAAAGCCAAGACGUGUUAAACUGUCACUGUCGUUGCAGAUAUCCUUCCAUCCCACUGAAGGAAAGAGUAAAGACAGCGCAAAACUGGUAUGAUGGGGUCUGCAAAAAAGCAAUUCCUCUCAAAUGGAGAACAAAACUGUUGCCAUGGUUGCAGCUGGAUGGGGACACACUGUUUCUGUCUCAGGCCGCUGAUAUUGGAGCGUACCAUCUGCGCCAAGACUCGGGGAAGCUCCAGCGUAACCCAUUUGAAAUCUACUCGGGCCAAAAGGGUGAUGUGUGUCGCUUUGUUGUGACGGACUCUCACCUGAUCAGUGGCGGAAGUGAUGGCAGUAUCCUGGUUCACAGCAGGAGGGGGGACAUGUUGGCCGAGUUAUCAGGUCAUAACCAGGAAGUCAACUGCCUGGACUCUAAAGACGGACUCAUCAUCAGUGGAUCCAGAGACCGAACUGCCCGGAUUUGGACUUUGACUUCCGGCUGCCCCAGAGACACCAUCCCCAUGUACGACAGAGUGUGGUCCGUUGCUAUUAGUCCCACAUUGAGAACCUUUGUAACAGGCACUGCGUGCUGCGAGAACUUCUCCCCUCUUCGCAUCUGGGAUGUUGAGCGGUCGGAGUGUGUGUGCAGUCUGGGCUCGGAGUUCCGCCGCGGGGCGGGUGUGUUGGACAUGGUGUUUGAGUCUCCGUUCCAGCUCUUCACCUGCAGCUAUGAUACCUUCAUUCGACUGUGGGACCUCCGACUCAGCCCACGGAAGUGUGUGAUGGAGUGGGAGGAGCCUCAUGACAGCGCUCUGUACUGCAUCCAGACAGACGGAAACCACAUGAUAGCCAGCGGCUCGUCGUACUACGGCGUCGUACGACUCUGGGACAAACGGCAGACUGAAUGCCUGCAGUUCUUCCAGCUGAGCUCCCACCCAGUGAGCAGCCCCGUGUACUGCCUGAGGUUCAACAGCUCUCACCUGUACGCCGCCCUGGCCACCUCGCUGCACUCACUGGACUUUAGACAGAACCACAUCUACAUCAGAUGACACACAACACACGCGCUGUGUCGAACACACACACACCUUCCAAUGCAUCUCAAUAAAGCUGUCUAUUCUCACACAAAAA